AUGGGUGGUGUUGGAGUUAUUAUUAGAGACUCAGAAGGCUCUUGUAUGGGGGGCAUGUUUCAGCAUAUUGAAAAUGUUUACUCCCCGGAACAAAUAGAGGCAGUAGCAGGGAGGAUAGCUGUGCGGUCCAUUACUUCUACUUAUGGAAGACACUAUAAGGAUAUUAGUGAAGGGCUAUCAUCUAUACCAGGAGCCAUGCUUGGGCAUAUUUCUAGAGAUGGGAAUGCUAUUGCGCAUUCUUCUUGCAUUCAGGGAGGUAACAUCGAACUUCCGGGCACUCAGACUCUUCAAAGUUGCAAUAUUUCUAAAGGCCAAAAUGCUCAUUUUGGGCCCAAACACAAACGAUUCACUCCCCAAUUUCACUGCGCCAAAGCCACUCGACGAAACCCUAAUUACCCUCCGGGCGGCGCCGAUAGCUUCGUUGACGAUCCUCGCAACUGGAGCCGCUCCAUAAACUCCGAGAUUGACCGGCCCUAUGGUUUCGAGGACGACGAUGAAGACGAGGAAGACGGAGACGACGAUGAUGAGGAAGAUAGGAGCUUGGAUCUGUUAGUGAGGUUUGUUCAGAAUGUAUUUAAGAAGGUGUCGAAGCGAGCCAGGAGGGCCGUCCGAUCGGUUCUUCCCGUUGCAAUCCCCACCAAGUUGGUGGGGUUUUCUGUUAAUGGGGUGCUAAUUCUGGCGUUUUUGUGGGUGUUGAAGGCAUUUCUUGAGGUAAUGCAUUCAAUUUUCUAUGUAUUUGGUUGUUAAGAUGCUUUUACUGAUUUCAUUUCCAUAUGAUGAUCUCAACAUCAUGUGCAUGCUCUUCAGUUAUGGGUCAGAUUGUGGGGAUGUUUAGGCUCUCAAGUCAUCGGUAUGAAGUGAGGAGAGGUGCUAGUUUUAGUGCUCAAUUUGCAUAGACAGUUAGUAACUCAAAAUGGGUGCUCAAUUUGCACCACAUUAUUCAAUCCACGGUCCAGAUGUGUUGACCGUUGGGUUCAAAUUCCCAAACAAGCCAACGGUUGUGAGCCACGUGCGCCCACAA